AUGGCCGUGGGCUCCGGCAAGAUGCAGCCCCCGUGCGACAGCGCGGAGCCCGCCUUGAGCCGCAGGCCGAGCGCCAGGCACCACGAGCCGCAGCAAGUGCAGCUGCGGCAGAAGCUGAGGGAGCUGCCGGCGCGGCUGCGGAGCGGGCUCACGCUGCGCAGGAAGAACCCCGCCGCCGGGGGCCGGAAUUUGUCCAGACGAAUUUCAAAUCCAUAUCUGGAAAACCCUUCAAGUAAGAUUUAUGGAGAGAGUUCUUCAUGUGCUGGGAGAGCUCUCAGGAAUAUUUUUACAGUUCAAGCUUCUGACCUGAUUAAAGACAGAGUGUACCUUACAGGAAUUUGCAGGAGAAGCUGUGUUGGAUCAGAACUGGUAGACUGGCUAUUGGAGCACUGUCCUUUUGUUAAGUGCAGAUCUACAGCAGUUGGUGUAUGGCAGCUCUUACUGGAUAUGGGAAUUGUGUUAUCAGUGGACAGACAACUCUAUUUUCAAGACACUCAUGUUUUCUACCAGUUCUCAGCUGAUGAAUGUACUUAUCUUUUCUGUGAAUUCGAAAGAGAUGAAGGAUGGCAAAAUGGUGUAAAAUUCUUACUACAGCUAGUGCCUCUUACUUCUCCCAGGGCUGCUAUAUGCAAUCUGCCUGGUAAAAAAAUAGAAGACACAGCAGAGACCAAUGCUGAAAUUCUUGCUCGCCUCACAUCUGCGGUACAGAAAGAACUGGCUGCUGUCAUUGCUUUGAAAGCAAGAAAGUCAACAGUUCAUCAAAAUGAAGAAAACAGUAACCAGGAACCAAAAGGGCCAGAAGACUUCAAAUAUGCUUCUGAUGCACAGGCAGGGGUUUUGUGCAAGCUUCAAGAAAGAGAUGACAUUGGACGGAUUGAAUUAGUCCAGAAGCUGGCAAGGGAAAACUGUCAGUUUUUGCAGGUGGAUAGAAAAGAACCAGAGAAGACAGAACAAAAUGAUGAAGUAUCUACUAUUCAAGUGAAGGAACAAGACCAAGAUGUUCUGGUGCUUAGGAAAGUGUCGUCACAUAGCCCAGCCCCCACAUCAGGGAGUGCCGAGAAUGAGUGGAGAUAUGUGGUGGUGUCGGGGACUCCAGAGAAGAUUUUGGAGCACCUUCUGAAUGACUUGCACCUAGAAGCAGUCCAAGACAAAGAGACAGAGACCCUCCUUGAUGACUUCCUUCUCACGUACACAGUCUUCAUGACAACCGAUGACUUAUGCCAGGCAUUGCUGAGGCACUAUUGUGCUAAGAAUGAUCAAGGCAAGGAAGAAAAUGCAGAUGUUCCCUAUAGAAAACGGAAAGUCUUGCAUUUGGUGUCUCAGUGGACUUCUCUCUACAAAGAUUGGUUACAUGAAGAUGAGCAUUUAAAGCAAUUUUUAAAGACAAUAUACAGAAAUGUGUUAGAUGAUGUAUAUGAGUAUCCCAUCCUCGAGAAGGAAUUGAAAGAAUUUCAAAAGAUACUUGGAAUGCAUCGUCGUCACACUGUAGAUGAAUAUUCACCUCACAGAAAGAAUAAAGCCUUUUUCCACCAAUUCAGUCUCAAGGAGAACUGGCUCCAGCACAAAGGAACCAUGAAUGAAACAGAGGAAAUUUUCUGCCGUGUGUAUAUAACAGAACAUUCCUAUGUCAGCGUAAAAACUAAAGUAUCCACUUCAGCUCAGGAGAUACUGAAAAUUGUAGCAGAAAAAAUCCAGCAUGCAGAGGAGGACCUGACUCUAGUUACUGUCACAUUCUCUGGGGAAAAACAUGAACUACAACCAAAUGACCUGGCUAUCUCAAAAUCUCUUGAAGCAACCAGUCGUAUGUUUGUCUACAGAAAAGAUCUGACUGAUACUUUGAAUCCAUAUGCUGAAAAUGAGGAAUCGCUGCAAAGGUCUGUAAGAAUUUUGGGAAUUAACACCUGGGAUCUUGCCUUAGAAUUAACAUACUUUGAUUGGAGUCUCUUCAAUUCAAUUCACGAGCAAGAGCUGAUAUACUUCACCUUCAGCAGACAGGGCAGUGGUGAAAACACUGUGAAUCUUAGUCUUCUGCUUCAAAGAUGCAACGAAGUACAACUCUGGGUGGCCACAGAGAUACUCCUCUGCAGUCAACUCUGUAAACGUGUACAGCUAGUGAAAAAAUUCAUCAAGAUUGCUGCCCACUGCAAAGCCCAAAGAAACCUGAACUCAUUCUUUGCCAUUGUUAUGGGUCUCAACACUGCAUCUGUCAGCCGGCUGUCUCAAACCUGGGAGAAAAUCCCUGGGAAGUUUAAGAAACUCUUCACCGAACUUGAAAGUUUGACAGACCCUUCUCUGAAUCACAAAGCCUACAGAGAUGCAUUCAAGAAAAUGAAGUCUCCGAAAAUUCCUUUCAUGCCCUUACUUCUGAAAGAUGUAACAUUCAUCCACGAAGGAAAUAAAACUUUUCUGGAUAACCUUGUUAAUUUUGAAAAGCUGCACAUGAUUGCAGAUACUGUCCGAUCACUGAGACAUUGCAGGAAUAACCAAUGUGGCAAUGAAGUUCCUCCAAAGGAGAAUCAAGAGCUGAAGCCACAUGUCUAUCAUCUGCACGUCAUUGAUGACCAGCAAACGCUGUUUGAGCUUUCUCACCGGAUAGAGCCUCGAGCAUGAGCGCCCACAGCUUCAUGUAACCUUGUAACUGCAGCACUUUUAAUUAAGUGAAUGUUUAUGCCAAGCAUGUUGCUUCCCUAUAUGAGAACAGUUUACUGAGUUUUAUCAGUAGUCACAUGAUACACACAGGAAAAUCAAGCAAAGCAAGAAAAGGAGCAGUUCACAACAUUCCAGAGCAAGGAUAGUGCCAUUUUCACUUAUCAGAAAAGGAAGGAGAAGAGCAGCAUUGUUUAAGCUCAGAAGCUUGGUUUAUGUGACCAUAUUGGUGGUCCAGUGUAGCAUUCAAUUGAGACUCCGCCAGUAUUAGAGGGAAAGGAAGCAUCAUGUUACCAUAACAAAACAUUCCAGCAAGCAACCUUGUGUGACGUGGGGGUUCACAAUUCACCAUACAGUAUGUACCUCGCUAAUCUGAGGCUGCCAAAGUAUGUAUUGUUGCGCAAAAAAAAAAAAAAAAAAA